GGAAGAAAAGAGGAAGAAGAGAGCGAGAGAGACCAAGAAAAUCAGAAGAAAGACUGAAGUGGAGAAGGAAGAAGUCAGUAUUGUCUGUCAGUUCAUUGAUUACUAUAGUUAGACUGAAGAUUUGUUACUUUGAACAGACGACUCUGGACAAAUGGAGGAUUCAGAGAAUACUGCUUUGACCAAUGAGACAAAGGAUGCCAAACAUGUGAUGUCCACAGACACAAAAUGUUCUGCAGAGUCAGAGCCAAGGUGGGACUGAUACUACGGAGGUGGAGCUAAUGAGAACAACAAAGAAAACCAGGAGAACAUAAAAGCUGAAGCCAGUGACAGUGAGGCAUAUGAGCAAAAGGGAGGAGCCACCGAGAAUGGCAACAUUGUGAUGAAAGAGAAAGAAGAACAAGAAAAGGAUAUCAAAGAACAUAAACCUGAAGAACAAGAAAAAGAGACAGGAGUUGAUAUAAACAAACAAUGUGAAGUAGAAGAAGAUGUAGAAAAUAAAAGGAACAACGACCCUCAAAGGAAAGAGAAUGAUUCUUGCAACAAACAGGGACAACUUGAGGUAAAGCACAAAGAAGAGGACAGAACAACAAAAGAAAAUAAAGAAGAUGAAAGUGAAACAAAAGACAAAAGAGAGACUAAAGAUGAUAUCAAGAACAAACCAGAAAAUCUGGGAAGAAAAAGCAGAACAGCUCCAUCCUCUGCUCUUAGAACCCCUACCAAGUCAUAUGCUCGUCCCUCGGCCAGAAGAGAUGCCAUGGCCAAGUUUCAGAAGGACCAGACUCCAGGUGUCAGAAACUUUAAAGUUCAACGCACAUCUAUAGGUAUGGCUGGUGGAGCAUCAAUUAAACAGAAAAUUCUGCAGUGGUGCAGGAACAAAACACAGAAGUAUGAGGGUGUCAACAUAGAAAACUUCUCUUCUUCCUGGAAUGAUGGCCUGGCAUUCUGUGCACUCGUUCACCGCUUCUUUCCUUCUGCUUUUGACUUCUUCCUCAAAGCAAGUGAACGGGAGAAGAACUUCACUCUGGCCUUUAGUACAGCAGAAUCUCUUGCUGACUGCUGCCCCCUUUUGGAAGUGUCAGACAUGUUAAUAAUGGGCAACAACCCAGAUCCUCUGUGUGUUUUCACGUAUGUACAGGCUCUCUGUCAUCACCUCUCAAAGAUAGAGAAAGAGAGGAGGGAAAAAGAGAGCACGGAGAAAAACAAAGAAGAUCAAGGGGUUUCUGAAGGUAAUGAAGAUGGAGAGAGGGAUGAAAUUAAUCAAAAUGAGAAGAGAGAGAAAAAUGGAUCAGAUUCUGACAGGGAGACAGAACAAGAGAGAGAUCAGAAUGAAAAUGUAAUAAAUGCAGAUGCUGCGGAUUAAAAAUAGAAAAACUAUACAAAUUAAGACAGUGUCAAUAAUUUUGCUGAUAUAAUCUGCUUUUUUGAAAGUAUGGAUAGUGAUUUUUGUCUAGUGUGGAUGAUAAAUGUGUUAAAAUAAAUGUUUGUUGAAUUGUG